AUGGCGGCUGAGUCCGGGUCCGAGCUGGGUUGGCAAGCUUUGCCCACGGCCGUCCUGGGCGCCCUGAGCACACUGGGCAGCGAGUUCCUGCGCGAGUGGGAGGCGCAGGACAUGCGUGUGACCCUCUUCAAGUUGCUGCUCCUGUGGCUGGUGCUGAGCCUCCUGGGGAUCCAGCUGGCCUGGGGGGUGUACGGAAGCACUGUGACUGGCCUGUAUCACCGCCCGUCCUCGGGUCCGGGAGGCCAGAAUGGCUCCACUCCCGAUGGCUCUUCCUUGUUUCCUCCAUGGGAAACUUCAGAAAACGAAUCAAUGAAAACCCAUCGUGAAUAAUGGAAGGAAGAGGCAUGGGCCUGGCUUUCCUGCUGCCUGUCUAUUUUGGAAUCCUGUCUGCCAAGAGUCUCAGGGAUACUGGCUGGGGUUUUUUUCUGGAGAGAUACUAGUCAGGAGGGGAAUGGUGUAGGUUUGAGGAAAACAGGAAAUCUUACUGGGGGCCAAAUCUCAGAAAGGCUCUUCACUUCUCCAUUUUCCUUUUCUAGAUGUUCUUUCCCCUACUGGGGGAAAGGAGAAGGCCCUGAGACCUGGCCCUUGAGGAAGCAUGGCUUGUCUGACAUCUCCUUGUAGCCUCUCCUUCCUUGUGGGCCAUUGACUGUUGGCCCUCCUGGGAAAACCUCAUGCCUGGAAUGAAUCCAGGAGGGAGGCAAUGAAAAGGAGGACCAACUCUCAGCCUUGCUUUCCUCUUCAGUUCUGAGGCCUUUGCAGUAAGGCUGAGAAUCACAGCCAGCACUGUUACAAUAGGGUGCUGCAAUUAUGAGGUGACUUGGGAUAGAAACUUUCUCUGCUUGUUGGCCUAUGGGGACUUCUCCAGUAGAAUCUCAUUCUUGAAGGGGGAAAAAAUGAAGUCCUAAAUUAAUUCCACUAACCAGGAGGCCUUUGGGCAAGAGAUAUGCUCAAGGUAUAAGUGACUUCUACUUCCAGCCUUGCUGAAACCCAUUUUCUCCUCCAAGGUAUCCUAGUAGAGUGGGGGCCUCAGGGUUGGGGUCUGAGCCAGCCUGGGUCUGAGAAGUAAGACAGGAUUGGACUAGAAGUUUCCCAUAGACUCUUGGGCCAGAGCCUCCAAGGGGUAAUUGCAUGCUGUUGAUCUACCUAGUAUACAUUCUGUUGUCUUCCAUUUGAGGCUGUGCUUAGAGCUCCCCCACGUGGGGGGUCUUCAUGACCAAUUCUAGGACAUAGGCAUAGAGCAAGGCUUCAACUUCUAUGGUUCUAUUUCCACUGCUUGUUAACAGAACAAACUGGACAGGAGAGCCAGCAAAUUCAGAUUGACUAUCUUUCUGUUGGAAUUUUUCUCCCCUCCCUCCUUUCGCCCUACUGUGGGAAAACUAAAGAAGAGAAGAAAUGUGUAGGACCAUAGCCAGCAUGUGCCUUGAAAGUCACCCUUUUUAGCUGCUCUCAACUCUUCCAUGUAUACAAAGGACCUUUGAAGGGAGUAGGCCAGAUCACCCUCUGCUCUUAAGUGGUACCAGCUUAAUAUGAUCGUAGGUUCAGCAGCAGGAGUCUGGACAAGGCCAGCACUGGCUUGCAGGAUGUUUUUCUCGGGCCUCACUGCUCAAUUAGCAUGGAGUGAAGCUUGUAAAUUGGGUGUUUUAGAGCCCCAUCUAGGAUGACGGAAGGGGAAAGGCCCAGUGUAACAUGGUUUCAUAUUUGUUAUCAACUUGUGACAGGCCAGUCAGCUGCUACCUCAUUCUCCCACCCCCAAAUCUGGCUACUACAUUUUUGCCUUUUCUCCUCCACUGAUUCAGUGGUACAAAUUAAUAAAAGCUCAUAUUUGUGACACA